UAGAAGCAAUUCGGUUGGGUAUAGUCGAAAUCAAACCAAUUUGAUUCCCCUGUUUUCUAUCUAUUUGCUCGAGAGAAGAGAAUCAACCCUAAAAUUAAAUUCAAAUUAAAUCAAACGAUUUUCUACAAUUUCAAUGUCUUCGAAUUCACUCAGAGGUGGAUCCUUUUACGGCGAUGCUGCCCCUUACAGAUCAAGAGAUGGACUUAGCACAAGAACCCCCGUUGCUGCUUCCGAUGAAAUUCAAUUGCGUAUUGACCCCGUAAAUGAUUUCGACGAUGAAAUCACGGGUCUUCGUGGUCAAGUUAGAAGAUUGAGAAAUGUUGCUGAAGAGAUAGGUACAGAAGUCAAGUCUCAGAAAGAUUUUCUCGAACAGCUGCAAAUGACAAUGAUGAAGGCUCAAGCCGGGGUAAAGAAUAAUUUAAGAAGAUUGAACAAGAGCAUCGUGAGAAAUGGUUCAAACCAUAUUGUUCAUGUGGUUGUUUUUGCAUUAGUUUGUUUCUUUAUCGUGUAUCUUUGGUCAAAGAUGUCAAGAAAGUGAGGCUUCACACGGGUCUACUUCUCCAGCGUUGUAGUUGAAAAUAUUUCACCCAAGUCCUUUAAAGGACUCACAGCGAUGCCUUAUUAUGUUGUAUAGAAAAGCUUUGUAAUUUACUUACUGUGUGAACACUUCUUGGUCGAAACUGGUGAUUGUGUGAAGAAAAUAUAUAAUUUGGUAUUUAGUGUUAAAUACUCUCUGUCUCUAAUUACAGCAUCCCUUUGACA